AUGACAGCUUUAAUGAAAUCACCUCGAUUACUCUCUACAUUCCGCAAGCCUCAACAGGGCCCGCUGGUCUUCAAACGUUUCCUGGGGAUCCCGCCGGCUUUCCUCCUGGACGACUAUACGCCACGAUAUCAGCUCCUGACUUCAGUUGAGUCAGCCAAGAAGCGUGCUGCUUCAUACACACAUCUCCGAGAAUGCAACCUGUGCCCACGGAAAUGCGGAGUGAACCGGUAUGAGACGACGGGCAUGUGUCUGAUCGGGGCUAUGACUGCGAAAGUCAAUGACAUUUCCCACCAGCGCAACGGGUUCGACCUUACACCAGAAGAACUUGCUGAAUGGUAUAUCAAGCUUCAACAGAUUGGAAAUGUGCACAAUAUAAACCUCGUCACGCCGGAACAUGUCGUUCCACAAGUCGCCCUCUCCAUCCUGACAGCUCGUGAAAUGGGACUUCGAAUUCCAAUUAUCUACAACAGCUCUUCAUUUGAUUCUCUCGAAUCUUUGAAACUACUCGACGGUCUAGUUGACAUCUACCUCCCAGACUUCAAGGUAUGGCACAACAGCACAUCGAAACGUCUCCUCAAGGCAGACAAUUACACCGCGACAGCAAUGGAAAGUAUCAAAGAGAUGCACCGCCAAGUUGGCGACCUCUCAUUUACAUCAGACGGCAUAGCCAAGAAGGGAGUCUUGCUACGUCACCUGGUAAUGCCAGGUAAAGAGGACGAGGGGCGGGAGAUUAUGCGCUGGCUGGCUGAGAAUGUCUCUCGGGAUCUGUAUGUGCAUAUUAUGGAGCAGUACCAUCCUGAUGCACAUGUUGGCAAGAAACGGCGUGUGACACGUAAAGUGCGCAUUGGAGAGGCGGACGGCGCGUCAGAGGAAAUUCGGUAUGCGGAGAUCAACCGUGCCGUGCGGGACGAGGAGCUUCUAAGUGUAAGGGAUGCGGCUGUUAAGGCUGGGCUUUGGCGAUUCUGUGAGGUGAAUGAAAGUAACAGCGCGUUCCAUCUGUGA